AGUCUUUUAGGCCCAAGUUUCUAGUGAUCCGUCGGAUUUAAGCUGCCAUGAGCAAGAUCAUCAGCAGGCCAGCAGGUGCCAGGAUGGACCGCCGCCGCACGGAAGGGGAUCAUCACUACCAGGUUCGCAUUAACGACCUGUCCAACAAAAUGACCCGGCAGGGGUCCAUCUCCCUGGCCAUGCGGAAGGUCAGGGGCGGCGGGGGCCUGGCAAUGACACACAGUUACCACCUGCUUUGAUGUUCUGUCAGGAGAGCAAGAAGUAUAGACCAAUGCCGGCCUUGUUCCAACUCCCUGACACGCGGCUGCAGCCACCUUCGCCUUCGAAAUUCUCUCCCUUGGCGGCUCACCCGUUGAGCACAGCUGCACAGGCCGAAGAUCCAAGGAGGACCACUGGCAUGUUGAACCGGCGUUCCACCCUUCCAGCAUUGUUGGAUGUGAACAGCGAAGCCUUGAUGCUCUCGCGGCAGUUGCAUUUGGAUUUUCACGAAGUGAAAUGUGUUGUACAGGAGCUGCGGCGAGAUACCAAGCGCAAGUCGAACGGUGGAAUGGACUUGCCGACUUUCCGACAGAUGAUGCUGCGUGUGUUUGGCCUCGAAGAGAUCAAUGAGUUCGUGUUGCAGGACGCCUAUGACCAGUGCCAAGCAGUCGCCGGCCCCAUUGACUCCAGGAAGUUCAUGACUUGGUACCGUGAUCACAUUUUCAAUCUCCAGGCAUCGAAGGCGCACGCCGACAGUGGAGAUGAUCUGACCCUGGACUUGGCCAAGAAGCAUCAAAUCUCGUGCAUUGACUUGGACAAAGUGAAGUUGAAAUUUGAUCACUUUGACGUUGACAAAUCGGGCGUGAUUGACUUCCAAGAGUUUGAGGCUAUGAUGUACGAACUUCUUCAUUGCCACAGCCGCUGGGUUGUCAUCAACCCUGCUUUGGGGCGUUGUGUUUAUCACACACCAGGUAAGUCGGAUUUGCCCCGCAACCGCUUGAAUCGUUUCUGGCACGAAGCCGAUAUCGACGGCAACGGCGUCAUCGACUUCGAGGAGUUUACCGAGUGGUACUUGAAAUAUUUCUCGGAAGCCUCAAACAAUGGACCGGUGGAAGCCUUCUACGCUUCCUAUAUGCCCGAUGAGCCGCUGGGUGAAGGCAAGUGGGAUUCAGAGGCACAGUGGUGUUUUUUUACUAGAGGUCAGAGGCAGCAAAGUUCAAACACAUCCGGAAGAGUUCUGAAGUUGUUGGCAAACAUCACUACUUUCUACUGA